UACACAGUACAUAGAGAACGCCGAUGAGAUUAAAAAAAACAAUCAUCCACUCAUGAUUAUGGUAACAAAAAAACGAACAGAACUUCUUGACCAUCCUCUAGUUUCUGCACUUCUGAAAAAGAAAUGGACAAGCAUCGGUCUUAUUUUCUACCUCCUCAACAUAUUUCUGUAUGUUCUCUACCUGGCGAUGCUCACUGGUUUUGCACUUGAUGUAAAAGCGCCCUACAAGUUCACCAAUGUUUCAACAGACGUUAAACAAGACAGGAUGUCACUAUUCGCAGCAUUUGCAAAAUACUCUGUCAUCGUUUUGACUGCUAUAGAGUUAAUCAUAGAGAUAUGUGAAAUGAAACUGAUGUUCUCGUGCACCAUGGGGUACUUUAAGGAGAAGGAAAAUAUUUUGCAAUUGAUAACGUACAUUUUGUCCAUACUUUUUGUGAUCCAUCCCAGUGGCUCUACCGAUACUGGAUAUAGGCCUGAAUGGCAAUGGACUUGUGGCACAGUGUCAGUUUUCUUGGCAUGGAUAAAUCUAUUGUUACUUAUCCAGAAAUUCGAUUGGAUUGGUAUUUAUGUUGUAAUGCUAUUCCGGGUCGGCAUAUUGUUCCUGAAGUUAUUCCUCGUCUUCUCCUUUCUGAUUGUCGCAUUUGCCAUUACUUUUCACUGUCUGCUUCAAAAUCAGGAACCGUUCAGCACGUUUUGGAUAUCCUUGGUGAAGACUACAGAAAUGAUGAUAGGCGAGCUUGACUACACAACGAUAUUUCUUGAUGAGAAAGUGCACUAUAACGCCAUCAGUCACGUGUUCUUCUACAUCUUUAUGCUAUUUAUGACCAUUGUUGCCGUAAACCUAAUGGUUGGUCUAGCUGUAGAUAAAAUACGAGAAUUCCAAACAAAAGCCGGCCUGGCCAAGAAGGAAAUGCAAAUUAAAUUUGCUUUGGAAUUGGAAAGACUUUCAGCUUCUUGGAAAUACCGCAAAUGUUCAGGAAAUGUACAAGAUCGUCAAAAUGGAACAACGGAGGUGUUAAAGCCAAGUGAACUGAACUGGCUUCAGAGGAAGAUUCUAAAAUCGUGGAAAUUAACUGAACAGGAUAUAAGACAGGCAUUAACCUCUGGGACAGAUGGUAUUUCCAAAGAAAUAACUACACUGAAGAGAGAAAUGAAGCAUAUGGACUCAGAAUUAAUGGCCCAAAUGAAAAAUGAAGUGCAAACAAUUAACACAGAUAUGCAAGAGGAAAUGAGAAAAAUGGAAUCGAGAUGGAUGCCCCAGUUGAAUAUGAUAGAGGGAACCAAAACCGAAAUGGGAAGCAUGGAAUCGAGAUUGAUGUCCCAGUUGAAUGUGAUAAAAGGAACCGAAACCGAAAUGAAAAACAUGGAAUCGAGAUUGAUAUCCCAGUUGAAUAGGAUAGAAGGAGCCAAAAUCGAAAUGAAAAACAUGGAAUCAGGACUGCAAAACAAAAUGGAAAUCAUAGACACGAAAUUGAUGACCAUUAUACAGAAUCUUAAACAAGCGGAAGACAAAGCAAGUACAACCAACCAACAAACUGAUAAAUUUAAGUAACAUCAAUGUGUUGUACUUGUAUGAGCAAGCUGGUCGUGUGACAAAAAGAAAAAGCAUCACAUAACAACAUUUAAAAAUACAUAAUUAGAAGCGAUUUUAAAAAGCUGGAAUAUCUAUAAUUGGCGCAGCUUUUUGAAACUUUUGCUACUCAUUAUUGUGAUUUAUUCAUACUGAUUUCAUGAUAACAGUAGUUAAAGAAAAUAUUCCCUUUAGCGUUUUUGUUCAAGUCAUGUUAUUAUGUUCCCAAUAUCCACGAUAUUUAAUAGGCCCGUAGUAGCACGUGCAAUGUGAAAAUUUUCCAUAAUGCCCGGCGUCAAAAUAACCUUUAAAUACUAUCGAUGUUUAUUUUUUGCGAUGCCGCAGGAAUGCAAGAUCUGGAUGAUUGCUGUAUUAAUAUCUGUUUGAAGAAGAAUGUUUGGAUACAUCUGUUUUCCCAAUGGACUAUAAAUAUAUCAUCGAUCUAUUGUAUAUGCCCUUGUUUGCGGCGUAAAGUCAGUGCGACAUCCUCGUAUGACCACAAUUUACUCUACCUUUGUAGAUUGGGAAUAUUAACAAUCGUAAAAUGUCUAUUUACCAUAUAUUUAACAAAUAAUCAAGGCCUUCGCUUUGUUCAUCGUCUAAUUUACCACGGUUCAGAGUUCAGAUGCGUAGGAAUUGAACCACGAGGGCGUUAGCCCGAGUGGUUAAAUACUGAAGCCUCUGAACGAUGAACCGUGGUAAACUAGACGAUAAAUCACAAGAAGGCCUUGAUUGUUUUUAUUCUGACAUGCACGUUGAUAUAUUUCAAUAAAUAUUAUGCUGGAAUUCAUUUACGCGAGGAGUAAUGUAUCGGACGUCAGGUGGCUACAUGACGUGAAAAUUGACGUCAUAAUGCCCUCUUACCGGUCCGUGCGUCAACCGUUGUUUAUCGCAGGAUAUAUUGCGUUUGAUUUUCUUCUUUGUUUAACUGGAAAUCAAUUCGAGCCAUGUAAGAAUAGUAAAUCACACAUUUUUCCUUGUAUUCUAGCUACAUUACAACCAUCAUCGUCGAAUACCCGCAACUAACUGACUACUUUCGUUACCCGCAUGGUUAACGGUCUGUCUUUUACCAGGAUAUAAAUGCUUUAGACACCUUACCACUGGUGUUCAUAAAUACUGCAUAACUGAAAAAUCAUGGAUAUGUAAAGUAAGACACACGUUUCAACUAUGAAUGGCACAAGUAAUGAAUGUUUAAGACCCGUAUAUAGAUAGAUGUUCGUUACAAGUUUUGCUUCUUGUGCAGCAUAGUUUGCUAAAACAUUAUUGUUUUGGUAGAAACUUAGUGCAUUGAACUAAUACAUGGGGAUGCAAAUCAUCACAUUGCACGACAUUGCCCAGAAUCGCAUAUAUAUAGUGACAUAUAUACGGACACAUGUGUUUGUACUUCUUGGCUAAUGGUUUGUGUCUGAUCUAUCAGAAGUUCGGCAAUAGAAUACCUAAUAAAGACUUAUCGCAAGUCAAUGACUACUAAAAAGGCCUAAAAUACACAUUCAUUCAUUUUACAUGUACAACAUAAUCAGCAAGUUAAAGUUGACAACUAGGGUCUCAAUCAUUUGCAUUGUAUUUUACCUUCGUAUGUCAGUCACUUUUCUCACGGGUAUCAUGAAAUACAAGCACGGGAACACAUAUGUUUUAAAAAACGAGUGCUGAGACUGGUCAAAAUAUCUUCAAAUCAUUAAGAGAGCAAUGAAAUUGCUGAAUUUGACAUAUCCUAAAACAACACUAUGUGAACUUAAUAUUCGUAAAGCAACGGCAUUGAUCGGACGUUGUUUUCCGAUGAUGUGCAACAAUAAACCAUAACUCAAUUUAUUUCACAUCUGUUAUAUUUUGUUAUCGACUUAGUGAAUACGAAAUUCGUAAUAAUGUACUGGCUUACCAAACGUUCUAGAAGUUAUACAUUACAAUGCAUGAGCUGAAAUGAAACUGAAAGUACUGUGUGAGAUGAAAAUGUUCAGCAUUCAUCGUACUGUACCAUUGAUCACUAAAGUAACUAAACACCAAUAAAUGAUAUUAGAUCUGUAGUAACAGUCAUAUAUAAUUGUGUAGUUUAUCACUGUUGCAAGCUAAGUGUUGGGCUAUUUUGAUCGGAAAAUAUUAACCGUUAUCAUAUUGUCACAUUCGAGCGAUUCUUGGAUGUAAUAUUGAAAUAAAUUUGACAUCAUGCAUACAAAACAGUGUGUGCUAUUAGAAAGGAAUAGUUUAUAAUAUUUAGUUUAUACGACUUUUUAGAUACCUUGCAAAUGUCGAUCUCUAUCAAACAAUCGAUACUAAUUACUUCUAAAUAUUCUUGUAGACCUAACAAAUAAAUUAAAAUUUCCCAAUCUACAGAAUAUAAGCAAGCUCAUCAGCUCAAACGAAUACAACGAAAGACUUACUUACAUGUUUAGUUGAGUUUAUAUGCUUAAUUUAAGCUUAUUAAACGUUAUUGAUUUAAGUUCUCUGUUUUAAUAUAAGUUUUUUUACAUCAUUCAUGUGUGACAGUCUAUCAUUAGCAUUUUAAACUUGAAAUGCGUUAAUAAAUGCUGCUUAUGAGUGCUUUUGAGUGAUUUAUAUUAAUAUUGUAGUUUUGCUAUAUAUUGUAUCAUCAUUUUUAGUCAUCAGUCCUGUUGAGUGUACGAGUAUUAAUAAUGAGGUUUUAUAAAGUUUCCGUAUAUUUUAUAAAUGCCUAAUUUUUUGUAUACAUCAUCUGUUCUGAGUGUUUUUCCAACUUACUUGUUCUUAAUGAGUGCUUUAUACAAAUGUAUUUAAUAAUAGUAAGUUAUACAUGUAUUUUGAUUUGUCAAUGAUUAUUCCAUUUGUGAAUUUGUAUGAGUUUCCGCUAUCUUCUUCGUUUUUUUUAAUAUUGGUAUGUAAUUCAUUAUUUUAUCUUCUACUAAUCAUCAGCUAUAUUGAGUGUUGUUCAUAAGUGAAUAAUAUGAUCCUUUUUUAGGACCCGUUUAAAAAUAUUGCUCUCCUUUAUCGUUUUAUCGUUUGUCAAUCAUUAGUUCUGUUAAGUAUUUCUUUUAUUAAUUUGUCCAUGAUUAUUUCCAAUCAAUAUAUUUGUAAUCGACAAAUGGGUGAUGAACGAUGAAUGAAAGAUAAUUCAAACUUUUUCUGAAUCAAUCCAGAUAUCAACUUUAACUUUUAAAUUUUAAGCAAUUAAUGAAUUCUGAGAAAUUAGAAAUUCUUCUUUUAAAAUAUUUCUGUGGGAAAUUUCAAAGAAGAAACAUUACACAUUUUUUUUGAACUUCUUCACUCUGUCAGAAAAAAAUACGCUAUUAUAUCCAACGCGAAUACGAAAAAAAGCACAACUUUGAUUGGAAAAUCUGGAGGUAUUUUUUUUUAAGGCAGUGGCUAGGUAGCCGGUUCCGGCUACGUAGACUAAAGGUCUAGGUAGCCGGCUCUAUAUAUACAUAUCGUAUAUGAACAUGUAAGCCGGCUUAAAUAAACUGUAUCUAUAAAGGAUUAUAAGGAUCAUUAUAUUAGUUAAAUAAAAUACAUUUCUUGUGAUUUAUUAUUUACUAUUUAUGUUAAAUACCUGUUUAUUUUGCCAUAUUUACGCACCCAUAUGAUAUCGGCGGACAUUUUGUUAUGUUAGAAUAUACUCGAUACAUAUUCGAGAUACAGUGAUUCAAUCUUAAAAGAAGCCUAAAAGAAAACAAAACAAACAGUUAAGAAAACAUAAAACAAAGAGCAUCAUCGUACAUUAAAUGAUGCGGCUCUACUGAACAUAACGGCGUUUGAUUUUUUCGUAUGCCUUUUUUUUAAGUGGAAAUUUUAAGUAAUCAUCACUUUCGCACUUCUAUGUGCAUCUUUAAUUAUUUAACUAAUUACUUAUUAAUAUCUUCGCCGAUCUGUAUAUAAGUCAAUGAUCUUGAUUGGUUCUAAUUGUUUGUUUGAACAUUUAUUCUAAGGUAGCUGAUGAAUGUGAAAUGUAAAAUUACAUGUACAUAUCAAAAGACUUAAUUCUAAGGGCCAAAUUCUAAAGGAUCGCCGACAAUUGAAAUCACCUAUCUUUCUUUUUUUUCAAUUUCAAAACUACAAAAAUUUAUUAAAUUUUUUAUUAAACAUGCCAUUUAAACACGCGGACGACAGUAACGACACUUUGAUCAUUUGUUGAUAACAUAACAUAAUAUCGGCCGAUAUGAUACAAGUUUGUAAAUACGACGAAAUAAACAGGUAAAUCACAAAUUUUUAGUAAAUAAUAAGUCACAAAAAUGUAAUUUAUUUAACUUAUAUAAUGAUCCUUUAUAACAAAGUUUAUUAAAGCCAGAUAUGCAUAUAUAUAGAACCGGCUACGUAGACCUUUAGUCUAGGUAGCCGGAACCGGCUACGUAGACCUUUGGUCUAGGUAGCCGGAACCGGCUACCUAGCCACUGCCUUUUUUUAAAUAUACACAGGGAUGUAACAAUUAUUCGUUUCAACACAAAGAACAUGCAUCUAUUUUGAUACUGAUUAUGCGUGACAAUCCUAAUCAAAGCACUUAAAGUGCGUGUUAUCUGUUGUGUCAUGUCUGUUUCAACACAAGAAGACGAAAUCGAUGUAUAUUGAUUAAAAGUAUCAAUUAGAGACUAUAUAAGACGGUAGUUUUCAGAAGAACAGUACUCUUGACUGUUAGGAUGAAAAUGAAAUUAAAAGAAAACAGUUCAUGCAACAGAAAAAUCUUGAAAUAUUUUUAACUUUUUUUAAUUUUCUGGUGGUUAAGUGCUGUGGAUGUAAUGAGAAUUUGGGUGCAGCGGAGGACUUAAACACAAUAUAGAGAAACAAAAGAAAUUGAUAAAGGAAUGAGUAUGAAUAAAUGUUAAAGCAUUAGGUCUGAUUAGAACGCCAAAUUCAUAGUUUACACAAGAUAUCUGUUUAUCUUGCCUCCUACAAGUUUCUUGCAUUUCUAUUGGUCAAUAGACGUCACGUGGAGACAGGAUAUAUUCCAUAUACUGCUAGUACAUUUCAGAUAUGAAUUGGUUUUAAAAAAUGGCUACCGCUUUGUUAAUUUACAAAAUAUUAGAUUAUAGCAUGUAAGUAAAGGGUAGUCGGCAAGAUAAAAUCUUUACAUAGUUUGUUGGUGACAGGAUACGGGGUAUACGCUGUCUCGAAAAUCCAUAUCAGGCUCGAGCUUUGCUCUCGCCUGAUAUGGAUUUCCUCGACAGCGUAUAUCCCGUAUCCUGUCGCCAACAAGCAGUGUAACUAAUAGUGCCAGAAAAUACUUUAUAAAUAUUUGUAAAUAAUGUUCUUUAUAUUCCUUUUUGUAAUUUCUAUUACAUUUUGUAAUUAGAUAUCAUAUAUUGUAAUGAUGAUUAUAUAUUCUACUGUUAGAUAGUUUACAUGUUAGAGGAUCAUCAGUUAUUAUAGAUUUCUGUACAUUGUUAUGUAUUGAAAUUCAUACCGGUCAUUUAUUAAAGGUCAUAUUAUAUUAGUCAGGUUUCAUUGCGUUUACAUGGAAUUAAUCUGGGUUUUUGUUGUAAGAAUUACAUAUUCUUAUUGAAUAUUGGACAGACUUUAGUUCGAUUGAAGGGAAACUUGAUUGAUAAUGACCGAUUGACCGGAUACUCCUCGUCUGAUUUGUAUAUACUUUUCUUCAUGUACCAUUUAUAAUAUUUUUUAAUUUGCCAUAUGAUAGAUUAUAACACCAUUAUUUUAUCUUGUCAUAUUUACUUAAGCCGAUGACAGUAUUCCGGGAAAUCUAGGUUACAUGAAAAAUCUCAGUAAUAUUACAUAGCAUUCAUAAAUUUAUGAGACUGUACUUGUUCGAAUUUCGCUUAUAUUUCUAUACCUAUUUUGCUUGCUAUUCAUAAAAGGUCAAAUAUACUUAAUGACUUUAAAGCUAUCUCAUCCAUUUGUAGAAAUUAUUUCAUUUUUGCAAUGGGAAUUCAAGUAGUUUUAUAUCAAUUUAUCAUUCUAUCACUGGAUAAUCUUGUCAUUUUGUUAUUAAACUUAAACGGAUAUUUGAUAUUCUUAUCCGACAACGGCAACUAAAUCUCUGUAUAUCCGAAUAAAACUUCCUCGAAUAUGAGCUUUUUAAUUUAUUUCAAGUAAAUUACCACCUUAACAGCAUUAUUUAUUAUACAUAUUUGAUAAAUGUAUACAUUAAGAAAUUGUUCUAAUGUCACAUUUUCCAAAUCCAAAGACGGGGCGUUUUUAAAUUCCAUGAGUGUAUCCAAUAGACAUGUUUCGUUCUAGAAAAAGAAAUUCACUGGGACAUUUGCUGUGGAACUUAUGAUUUUCAUAUAAAAGUUAAUAAGUGAGUAAGUAAGUAAAUUCUUUAUUUAUAGGGGGUAACUCAUUUAGCAAAGCUAAUCUUCCAUGGGACCCUCUUGCGACUAGAAUGAACGACUAGAAUGUACAGUAUUAUGAUUAUAGAAACAAAUAUUUAACAGAAAUCAAAUUUUAAAGAAGAAAUUAUAUAUUAAAAAAAUAAAAUAAAAAUACAUGAAAUGUAGUUAGCAUUAAAAUCCAUUCAUUCAUCGAUCCAUUUUAUACAGUUAAAUUUAAAACAUGACAAUAAAGAUGAGGUUUCGAGUUCUAUUGGUAAACAAUUCCAUACAAUUGGCCCUGAGUAUUAAAAAAAAACUAGCUUUAAAUAUUUCACAGUUUGUAUUUGGUAUAUAAAAAAAUAAGUUUGUAUUAUAACGCAAUGUUAAGGAUGUGUUAUUUGUUUGUGGCUUUUGCAGAAACAUUUCAUUUGUAUAAGUAAACCUACUUUAGAUGGAUUUAACGAAAACAUGAAUAAUGAUGACAAAAAUGUAUUUACUGUUAGUUUAAACAUUGAUUUUUCGUACGACAGACUAUAUUACUAUUAUUUUAUCCGUUGACAGUAUUCCAGGAAGCUUAGUUUGUGGCAUACGUGAUGCCAUUUUGCAGUAACUAGUGUUGAACUGACUUCUACAUUUCAGUAAUGUGAUUUGGCAUCUUAAACAACAAUGUGGACUUUUACACAUACCGGGUAAAUAAUGACUAAAUUUUCACUUUGAAUUUACAAAGUAAUUGUUUGAUACAUUAUUCAGAUAUGUCUUAUCUUACCUACUUUUUGAAACAAGAUGGUAUCACUAUGGUGUUUUUUAAUAAAUAGUUCUCAGUCUUUUUCAUUAGAAAUCACUUUUUACAAUAUGAAAUAAGACUUUCCUUAUGCGUUGCUUGUUCGUUUUUCGUCUUUGUUCAACUUUUUCCCUUCGGGAUAUGUACUUGUUGGAUGUUGAAGCAUCCCAUCUGAAAUAUUUUUCCAUUACAGCUUCUUUUUGUUGUGGGCCUACUAUGCAGAUGCGUGGCUCUGUGCCUGUGAUUUUGGUGCUCUGUGCUUCCGAGAAAUCUACCCUUACCUCUUAUCUUUUGUUAAGUCUAGCUACUAUUCUCAACAAAAAUAGGUUAAUGCCUGAUUUACCUGGAUUAUCUGAAAGCACAAAAUAUUUUUAUAAGUUUAGCAAAUAACGUAUUUUAUGUUUCUUUUUGCAAAUUUUAAAUUGGAAAUCUCCUUUUAUGCUUGAAAUUAGAUAAACUAUGUGCGAAUGGUUACAGAUAUGACACUGUUUGAUGGUUAUGUAUAAAAUUGAUAAACAACUUAGAAUAUCGUAACUUAUAGAAUGCUAUAACUGUUUGUAAAAUAAAGGAACCUACAAGAUUCAUACAGAUUAGUGACUAAAGGUAAUGUCGUCUUGUUUCAUUGUUAUUGAACAGAAUUAUCUGAGCUCUUGUUGCAAGAAUUAUUGAUCAUCAUAUGAUACCAUACAAACGUUAGUAGGAUUCGAGAAAAGCAUAAUAAAUGAUGAUCAAAAUGUCUUAGUCAGUCGUGUUUACAUAUUUAGUCAGAAUCAUUUGUUAUUUAAAUAACCAGGACCACGAAUGUUUUGCUUUUCAUCUAGUUUUCUGUCAUUUUGUUAUAUUAUAAAUUAUAUAAUGUUAUGUAGAUCGUGGUGUAUAUUUCAUAGACACUUUAUUAGAAAUAAUUCACUCUAUGUCCACUAUACAAAGUAUAUGGAGAACUAUCCUACUCGACCCAGCGUCGACGUCCGCUCUGUGUCCAACCUUGGUUAAAGCUGUGAUGCACUUCCCCUUUAUUUACGUUAUUACUGCACGGAUUUGAUUCAGCUUUGAAGUAGUUGUUCCACAUCAUGACCCUCAUCUUUAAAUAAGGUCCAUAGCUCUGCUACAUAUUUUUCUAGAAGUAUUCCCCCUUUCAGCUUAAAAUUUUAGGUAAAUGUUAAUGCAUUUUCACUCUAUCUCUGUAAAGGAUUUGAUUCAAACUUAAAGUGAGUGUCCCAAAUUAUAUCACACGAGGGCCAUAGCUCUGGCAUGAAUAUGUUAUUAAUUAUAACCUUUUAACUUUAAAAUUUAACGUUUAACAGAAGAAGAUACACUUUCCCUCUAUAUCCGUUUUUACCAAAUAGAUUUAAUUCAAAAUAAAAUAGUUGUUCAACAUCAUCAUCCAUAUAACACAAGGGUUAUAACUCUAUAACAUGUUUAUGAAUUAUAUCCCUCUUUUCUUUGAUCUUUAGACUAAUUUCCAUACAUUAACUGUGUCUUUGUUUUUACCAAAUGAAUUUGAUCCAACCUUAAAAUAAUUCUUCAACAUCAUCGUCCUCAUCAUAUAGCACAAGUUCUAUAACUCGGGUGAAAAUAUGUCAUGAAAAGUGUCCCCAUUUGAUUUAAAUUUUAUUCUGAAUUUGAUGCCAUAUUUCUGUUGAUACUACAUAGAUUUAAUGCAAACUAAAAUGCUUACUUCACAUCAUCAUCAGCAUCCUAUGACACAAAGUUAACAGCUCUUGCACCAAUAUGGAAUGUAUAUUGCCCAUUUUCAGGUUCAAGUUGUAAUGCAAUUUUGCUCAAUCACAGCCAUUUCUAAAUAGAUUGGUUCAAAUCUAAAAUAGUUGUUUCAUAUUAUUAACAGCAUGAUAUAACACAUGAUGGACUGCUCAAAAAAUGUUCUAUUUAUUGUGUCCCUGUUAUGCUUAGGUAAUGUUUACAUUAACUUUAUCUCUGUUAUUACUUAAUACAUUUUACACUGACUUAAAAUUGUGUCUGAUUUCUUCAUUCACAUUGGAUUCAUUAAGCGCAAGCUUCAACAGAUAUGCUCAAUUUCACCAUCCAGCAUUGAAAUAGCCAAGCGCACAGUCUGCUGUUACAUCUUUUGUUGAACUUCUUCACAUGUUUAUUUUAACGAUUUUUAAGUACUAUGUACAGGUACGCAUGAUCAUUUUAGACUUUGACAUUUUACUAACAAAGAAAUUUUUAAGUACAAUUGCUAGUGUUACCUCAGUCAAUGCGCAGGUUAUGAAAUCGGUACAAACACCAAAACUAUGUUUUGCAUCAAUGAUGGAUUGUAUCGCGCAUCCUUGACCCACCUAUUUCGACGCACAUAACAGGCAACAUGAAUGGCUUAAACAUUUUUGCAGUUGCUGUAAGUAAUGUGCUACAAAAAAAAACUGUCAUGGAUUCUGCAAUAAAAUUUGAAACAACAGCAGGUGCAAGGAGAUAAUCACGCUCAUUGAAAACAUAGAAAUCUCCAAUAAUAUAGGUGGCUAAGACCAUAAAUAAUCAUUGCUUUUUAAUACACACUGUCUGAUGUAUUCUAUUUCGUUCUUUUGGACUGCCGUAUCUACAGAGGAAUUUGUCACAAUUACUUUGGUACAAAACUUUAGAUGGACCAAAUGUUCUUGGCUAGCGAACAUAUUUUGGAUGCAUAGUUAUAAAUGUUUUGAUUAUAUAAUGCGCACACCUUCCUAAAUAGUGCAUAGAGUAGUACGCGAUAUAUUCCAUCAAGUAUAGAAAAGAAAAAAAGAAACGUAUAUCAAAAGAAAAGUAUAUGAUACAAUGUAAUAUUAAACUUAACCAGUUCAGUCACCAUUGAAGGAUUGGUUAGAUCUCUUUGAUGUUUUGAGUCCUAUGCAUUUAUCUUGGUUGUUCAAUAAAUGUCAUAAACUCAUGUUUCAGUGUCUUUACAUGAAACUUAUUUGUCAAGUUACAGAUGCUCACAUGACAACAGACAUACUAUAUGUGAAAACAUGAUAGAUAAUGACCGAAAAGUCUUUACGUACGUGUUAAAGGAAGUGACCUCAAGAUCGAUCGCACUGAAACAAAGAAAAAGAAAAUUUAAAGAUAUCAGCAAAUUAUUGUUAUUUUUUAAAAGGCAUAAAUGAUUAAUGACUGAUAGAUUUCUUAUUUAGAAACCAAUGGUUAAUUGUUGUUUUUAUCAGAAACAAAAAGCGCUUAUAAUGGGAUACCGAAGGUAAAUUGCUUUAAUCAUACUUGAUAUAAACGUUUGUUAAGUUCAAAUUCCACCGCAUUGCAUUGGUCAAAAAAGUAGGAAGGUUUUUAUUUCCGAGGCAACCUUGAAUUCUAUUCCAGGCUCAUACGUGUUUUUGUUGUUGUUUUUUGUUGUUUUUUUUUUCAGGAUUAAAAAAAACGUUUUCACGUUAAAAAUAACAAUUUUGUUUUAAUGUUCAUAAUAUGACUAAACUUAGGUUUAAAGAAGAUCCGAAAGCCAAAAUCUGGAGUCAAGUCCAUUUAACAUUGUCAGAAUCAUUAAUUCUAUACAAUAAUCAGAAUCCAGAAUGUCUUGCUUUGUUUCUACUUUUCUGCAGUUUAAUAUACAAAACAUUUAUGUAUGUAGCUUUUGAUAUGUCGUAUGAUAUACGCUUAAUUGGAAAUAAAGCACUCAUAA